AAAAAACCUGAGAUUCCAUUUAUAUCAGGCAAGUGCUCUACCACAGAGUUGUACUCUUUGUACUAUAAACUGUUUUUUUUAAAUAUCAGGCUUAAGUUCACAGCAAAAUUGAAAGGAAGAUCCAGAGAUUUGCAGUUGAUCAUGUACCUCUCACACAUGACUUGCCUCCCUCCAUGGCCAGUGCUGUCCUCUAGAGUAGUACACUUCUUAUAGACGAUGACUUACACUGGUCCUUGGUUCCCAUCCAAAGUCUGCAUUUAACACUAAGUUUCACUGUUAGCAUUCUUCAUGUGAUGGUGGAUUGAAAUUUGUUGUGUGUUUCCUUUAGCAGUGUCAUGCCUCAGACAGCUCCUUUGUGCUAUUUGUUCAUUGCCUCCCUGGCCCUGCACCACUCCACCAAUACUGCAACCACUGAACUUUUCAUUGUCCUGGCAGUGAUGAUUUUAGCAGAUCUGCACCAUCACUCAAAUGAUACAGUGGAUAAUUUUUGAAGAUUAAAAGCAAUAAUUGUUCAAGCUAACUGAAUGUAGCCAAUAAAGCUGUUACUUGAACUGCCUUUUUUCCUCUUAUUGGGGAUGUUGCUAGGGACUGAAGCCAGUGCUUUGGCCAUUCCAGGUAAAUGAUUUACCAUGGAGCUAUACCUCCAGCCUUAGUUUUUGUGUUUUUGAUGCUUGUAUGAAUAUGCGCUGAUGGCAUGUGCUCCACAUGCUGAGCUGGCCUGCUUUCUAUGUGGAUUCCUCAUCAUGAGGAGGGUUGACAAAAGUGACAUCAUGCUGAACUUCAGAGCACGAACUGCACCACCUUGUUCUGUUGGGUCCAGACAGAACCUUUGAGAAUGGAAGCAGACACUGGCGAGUGCUGUGCUUCUCAAAGUGCCUCAGGUCUUUCAUUCUUACCUGGAGAUGGGAGGUAAGAUGAGGGAGUAAUGAAAGCUAUAGGUGAGUCAAAAUGCUCCUCUUCCUUUAAGUGCAAGUCAUGUUAAGUUAGUAAAACAUGACCAAUUUUAUCAUUAUUAUUAUUGGUCCUCACUCCUUCAGUACUAGGGACUCAGUGGUCUUGUGCGUGCUGUGCACACAUGUUUACCACUGAGUCCAACCCCAGCCCUGACUUUGUAUGAAUUGGUUCUCUGUCACGGGAAAUCCGAGGCUUUUGGUUCUUUGUGUUGUUUUGUUUUUUUCCCAAAGUUUACAUGACGUAAAAUUUUGUCUUUCACUUGUCACAUUCUGAGAGGCUCAGUGAGUUAGUGGUUUCAUUUGUAUGUUUUCAUUAUUCCAUGUAAGAUAGUGCUCCCUGGCAGCUGGUUGCAACCUCCCCGGUGCUGGCUUUUAAGCUUUUCAGACUGGACCAGCUUGUAAGGGCUUGAGCUCUGAAGUGGUUCUUUCCAUGGGAAGUAAGAUAUCAGAUGAACUUGAGCCCUGUUUGCAUCACACAUAUGACAGAGAAACCAGGGAGAACUAAGGGAGUUCCUUAGAAUCUUCCCUAGGAGAGGAAUAGCAAGAGUAAGUGCACAGACUUCUCCUGAGCUCUUCUCCACUGAGAGCUGGAAAUCAUUGCAAUGGUGCUUGUUUCAGGUGUGCUUCCCAUAUUUUGCCAUGCUGCAAAUUAGAAUGCCCUUUACAGCUUUCUUGAGCUAAAGUACUUCCUCUUCAAACUCUACAGUUCCAACUGAAUGCUACAGCAGCUGCCUUGUGUCUUAAGAAAAUAAGUGUAUCUUUUAUGAUCGUUCCUAGUGCCACUACUCUAGGAAAGUCAUGCUCUUUGUUUGCCAUGUCAGCUUAUGCCAGUGAUACUGCUAAUGGUACCAUUUCUGUCAAUAUAAUACCUUCAGGUAGGAUGUCAUUGUGCAUAGCACUUUGCUCAUUUAGCUAUCAAAUGUAGGUAAAUUCUCUUCUUCCCUGCAUUUCUUAAAUAAAAAAUAGGAAGUGAGAUUUCUUAUUGCAUUGCAUAUCAAUAGCAUAAUUAAUACUGAUUGUAGAAUGGGCUACAGAUGCAGCCCAAAGACUAUUUUAUUUCAAAACAUCAGAGUUAUACUUUAAUAGUUUAUAUUUUUGUUAAUUCAAAAUGUAUUUUACCUUUUUCUUUAAUAGCACCUGCUAUUUCUGAAGAUGAAUCUCUAACCAGUUCUUCCAGAAAACCCGGUCCUGUUAAUUCCUGGCCUACAUCAGAUGACACUGACUUUCUUCUGGAUAACAAGAAAGAAGAAGAAAGGCCAAAAAUUAUAUGGCUGGAAAAUGGUAAGUUUGUUCUUGUAAAAACACAAGAAGAGCAAACAGCCAAAAAUAUGACUAAUGUGGUUGAAGAGAAGAAAACUCCUCAAACUGAUACUGUGUUGCCACUGGAAGCACAGACAGAUGAUGAAUCUCCUUGGGAUUCUGAGAGUAGCUCUGAGAAUCUUCCACAGCAGCCUGUCGAUCCUUUUCCUGGGGAUGCAGAUGAUGGAGGAAAACAUGCAGGAAAUACACAAACAAAAGAUUUACCUGAAACACAUCUUCACUUGAAGCCUGCCAUGGAAGCAAAAGAUUGUGUUGCGAAGAAAGCAGUAGGAAUAAAGGAUGUAAAGACAUUUCAACCAGAUUGGAGUUUCACCAAAGUCUAAUGAGACUCUGAAGAGAUCUGAGAAAUUGAUGCUUGGCCAUCAACAUCCACUUCUGGCAGAAUCCGUGAUGAAGAGUCCAUCAGCAUUCCCAGAAUCUGAAUCAGGUGACACACAUCUUCACGGGAAGGCUGCCAUGGAAGGAAAAGAUUCUGUUGUGAAGAAAGCAGUAAGAAUGAAAGUUAUACCGACAUUCCAACUAGAAGAACUGAACAUAGAAGUGACAUCAAAGGAAGAUUUGAGAAGACGUGAUGACAGUGAAAACAGCCAGGACCAGUCAUGCCAAGGACGUGGCUCAGUGACACAAAUGCCGGCCUGCAUAUACCCCUGAGUUUGAUUCCUGAGACCCCCUCCAAAAGAAAAAACUUUUAACCAGUUAUAAACAAGUUAUUCUUAGAAUCUAUAGUAACUUAUGGCUAAGUUUUAGAUUUAAGGCAAAAGUGCUUCCAUGUGUGCAAUGUUCUUAAAUGACGAAGAAAGGGAGUCUAGAUUCAAGCCCUUUUGUUAAGCAGCUCAUGUUAGGGCCAGUGGAACAGUGAUGACCACUGUUGGAUGCACAACAAAUGGUGAUCAUUCCCAGAGCCUCAGCAAUGUAGUCCUGAGUCCUGUUAGAAAGGAAAGAGACAAUAUGGUAACUACUUUUAGGUCAGGAUUAUCUGGUGGUGAAACACUAUUCUGCUUAAAUGGUUAUGUUUUGAUCUGCGCUGUUUCAUUGUUAUGCCCUCUUUUAUCUCAAUCUCCACUCCAUUAUUUACUUUUUUAUUUUUAUCCUUUUAAUUAAAGGAAAAAAAUAGCAGGAUAUAUUAUAGUAACCCACUUUGACUUUCCAUUACCUCAAUUUAAAGCCCUGUAUUACUCUCACCAUCUGGUUUUUAACUGAUGCUCCCCUAUUCUGUUUUGCUGGAUAGUGUCAGGUUCAAAAGUUUAGGCAUCAGCUGUGAAGAUAAUGAGAUUCAUUAUAACGCCCAUUCUCUUUUAUCUACUUUUGAAGACCUCCAAUGUCUCCAAUGUUUUGGUUUUGUCGGUUUUAUUCUUUACUGUUUUGUUCAAUUGUAUUAUAACUAACGAUAUAGGCAAUUCUAUUAGAGAUAGCAGGAGGCAUUAUGGUAACCAUUGUUGAUCACCUUGUAUUAUGUUUUUACAUUAUCUAUUAUGUCCACCCUUUUGACUUGACCGAUUCUGUUCUGUUAUGUCACAUUUGGUUUUACUCUCUUCCAAAAAAGUAGUAAGAACCGUGGGAGCAAUGAAACCCAAAAUGUGUAAUAGUCAUUGUACAAAAGAGAGGAAAAGAAAGUGCUCUAAACUAUAUAACUGCAUGUAUAUUUAAGUGUAUAAGAUAGAAAAUGAUAUCACAGAGUUUUAUUGGAUCAUUGAACAGAACUGUUUGCAGUAUCAUUGAUGGAAUGUCCACUUUACAAGCUUUAAUUUUGUGACUUGAACAAUUAUUUCUAAGAUGACAAUAUGUAGUCCAUUAACUAGUGAUUUCCUACUGUUCAUUUUUUUUCUGUAAAUCUGUAUAACUUGUGCCCUUUCUCUGCUUUUUUUUUCUCCUUAAAUAAAAUUUUAAAAAAAAGAAUUGAAUUGUACUUUCUAGUCUCUAGCUAACUCCAUUGCCUACAUUGAACGGUCAUAAAGUCAA